AUGGCAAGAAUUUGGUGGAAACACAAUUCGCAAGAAGGAGGAGAUCGAAUGGUUCGACCACAAGAUUGCAGUAAUGACCAGCAAUGGCCACCUCGAAGAAGGAGACUCAACCACCAUCCUCAACGCAGUCCAUUUGGUACCCAAGAAGAGUGGAGAGUACCGACAAAUAACGGACUUGAGGAAGGUCAAUCUUGGAGUGGAAACCGACCACUUCAAGAUGGAAACACUCGAGGCGGUAGCGAAAUUCCUGAAGAAAGGGUUUUGGGCAACCAAAAUAGACCUCGCAGAAGGAUAUUUUCAUAUCCCCAUCCAUCCAAGUUCAAGAAGGUUGCUAGGGUUCAUUUGGAAAGGACAAAUAUUCCAAUAUACAGUCCUUCCAUUCGGGCUCAAUCAAGCACCAUGGAUCUUCACAAAGGUGAUGAAACAAGUUGCCAAAAAGUGGCGUUCAGAAGGAAUGAUCAUCUUUAUCUACAUCGACGACAUUUUGGUGCUCGGAUGUUCUCAAGAAGAAUGCAUGGAAAUUACCUCAAAAGUCAUUCAAGACUUAAAAUGGUUAGGCUUCCUAAUCAAGGAAGAGAAAUGCGUACUGAUACCGACUCAACAAAUCACAUUUCUGGGAAUUCAUUUGGAUUUCCAACAAGGAUUGUUCAAAAUUCCGGAGGACAAACAACUGAUUGCAAUCCAAGCCAUCACCAAAAUACAAACAGCAUACCACCAAAGAUCCCAUCUCUCACUAAAAUGGAUCUCUCAAGUGAUUGGCAAACUUCAAUUCCUUUCGAUUGCUCUCCCAGCCAUCCCAGUGUUCCUUUGUCGUCUUCGAACCAACAUGAUGAGUGUAGUCCUUCAAAACGGAUGGAAUCACUCGAUGCUAAUCAUGAGAGGAGCAAUGAAAGAUCUGACUCAAUUACUGUCUCUAAUUCAGGAGAACAAAGGAACACUUUUCGAAAUGGAAUGGAAUCUAGUGGCCGUCAAUACAGACGCAAGUCCACUCGGUUAUGGAGCCCAUUCAAAAGAACUCACUCUCUCAGGAACGUGGAACGAAGACAUGAAAACUCACCACAUCAACAGUCUAGAAUUGAAAGCAGUCCUCAUGUUCUUUCAGACUGCCAUGACUCGUCAAGCAUAUCCACCAGGGACUCAGUUCCAUCUUCGAAUCGACAACAUGACAGCUCUUCACUACAUACGCAAGGGUUAUGGUCGAGUCUCUCACUUGGCGAACAUUGCAAGAGCAAUUUGGACUCUCCUACUGAAACAAAAAUGGUCAAUUCCCAAGGUUUCCUACAUUCCGUCAGAAAGAAAUCAAAUCGCCGAUCAGUUGUCAAGACUCGGCCAAUGGGAAACCUCUCCAGAACUUUUCAAUCUCGUGGAGAAGAACUUUGGCCACCACGUCGUCGAUCGCUUCGCAAGUCCCAAGAAUUCACAUACGACUAUAUUCAACUCCUUUACGAAGGAAAACGACGCUCUUAUGGAACUGUGGAACGCAUCCGAGGAUCAAAGAAGUUAUUGUGCUCCCCCUCUUGGGCUGAUGUCUCAGUCCUUGCUUCAUGUUAUUCGGAGCAAAGCAAAGGCAACAUUUAUCGCUCCUAUCUGGCCCACCGCAAUUUGGUAUCCAAUCUUACUAAGGAUAUCCAAAAGGACAAUAAUGUUUCCAAAAAAUUUGCUCAGAAAUUGGCACUCGUCAGAACUCUCAAACAACAAAGAUUGAGUCUUUGCAGCGUGGGAUCUGGACGGUGCUCUUUAUUAGAUGUCAAAGGUCUUUGUUUGAGUGUAACAUUGGCUGACACUACUCUUCAAGAAUACACUCGAGUUUAUGCCAUCUUUAGAGGAUGGUUGGUUUGCACUCAUUCCGAUUACAAUGAACAUUCCAUGACAGAUUUCGUAGCUUAUCUACUUCAUGUAGGAAAAGGUUAUCUCAUUGAUAAGGUUGAACCUUCCCUUAAAUUCUUUGCAGAUUUGGAAGGUUGGCAAUUAUUGAAAGAUUCACUUUAUUACCGAGUCAAAACAGGAGCCCUUAAAUUAUAUAACCUUUGUGACAGAAAUCCUUUGCAAAGGGAUCCUGUAAUGGCUGACUACAUCAAGAAUUACAUUACUCAAUUUAAACCGAAGACUCCAAACGAAGUGUUUAAUUACAAUUUGACCUGUGCUCUCCUUGUGAUUGGAUUCCGAGUAUUGUGUAGACCAAGCGAAAUAUCCCAACUUCAGUGGGACGAUAUCACAUUCAUUACCGAAGGUCGAGUUAAAGUGAAUCUUGCAGGUCAUAAAACUGACAAGAAUGCACGAGAUACACCAAUGAUUGUAGAUCCAAUUAAGGAAAAUCCUGAAUUCUGUCCUGUCGCCAUUUUAACCAAGUAUAUGAAUAUGGUUAAAAAGUUUAAGAAGAACACUUCUCCUCUAUUUUCAUAUCGAGAUAACAAAUUUUUAUCAAGACAAAAGGUUCAGUCGAUCAUCCAGUCCGCUAUAAGGAAAGUAAAACCAGAGGCGAAAAUUACCGGACAUAGUUUAAGAAUUGGUGGAGCCACCGAAAUGGUGAAGAAGGGUGAAAAUAUGGAUGCAGUGAAAGUGGCAGGACGAUGGAAGUCAGAUUCCUCAGCUCUCCUUUAUAUGAGAAAACAGGCGUUGGCCGAGAAAAACAUGUCCACCACUUUGAUGAAAUAA